ACCAGCUCGGGCACCGGCUCUUUGCCUAAUCCGAUCCCUGCAAAGCUGUGCAGCGUCACGCCCUCGAUGUUGCAAGCGGCGAGGCCGGUCGACGCUGUUACCGCGACCCGAUCCGGAUCCCGUUUGUACUUGUCCCGUAGCUUCUUGAUGAUCUCUCGCAUCAGCACCGACUUUCCUGUUCCGGCUGAUCCCGUGAAGAAGAUACUCUUCCCCUGCUGCACCACGGCGUCCAGAACGUGUCGUUGCUCG